AUGAAGAUCAUCAAUACUACCAUCUUCGCCGCCAAGCGGCUCCCGCUGCAACUCCCCCCGCUGGGGCAGGAGGAGGAGGAAACUCCUCCUCCGCCCGACUGGAACGAAAUCGCGCCCGUGGUGCGGCCUGGCACCCCCGAAGCCCGGCAGUCGUCGCCCCCCCUGCCGUUCACUCCUCCUUCAAAGAAGGAAGCCACUCUCCCGGAGGGUGGAAGCGAUGCCGGGUCGGAGGGGGUGCCGAAGAAGAGGAAGCGCAAGGACAAGGGCGAUGAGCCCAAGGAGAAGAAGAAGAAGACGCCGAAGGCCGCCGCCGCCGCUAGGAAGGGGGCUACGGCCAAGAAGAAUGCUGCCAACAAAGAGAAUAUCCCACCAGCAUGA